GUUUAGGAAAUUCAGGAAGUAGCAAAUUAGUCAAUGCAGCAGCCCAUGAUGUUUUUUGUCUUUCUGGACUCACUAACCGACAUGGAUGUUCCUCUCGGAGUUCUUCUCAUCCUCACUGGACUCACAGGAUUUCACAGCAAAACAGUCAGUGAAGUGUCAGUGAAGGCCGCAGGUUCAAUCUCUAUCCCGUGUUGUUACCUCCCACAAUAUACAAACCAUGUGAAGUACUUGUGUAAAGGAUAUUAUUUUAGCUCUUGCAAUUACAAAGUUAGAACCGACCAAAAGAACUCAACAAAGUUUUCGAUCUCUGAUGAUAAAAUCAAAAGAAUCUUCACUGUGACUAUUAAUGAUCUGACAAAGUACGACUCAGAUUACUGGUGUGCUGUGGAGAUUUAUGGAGCAGAUGUCAGAAAUUAUUUUCACCUGGCAGUCACCACAGGUCAACACAGUUUCUACGUGGAUGAUCAACAGAAAAAAGCAUUUCAAGGAGGUGAUAUAACCAUCAAUUGCCACUAUUGGCAUAACCUUGGAGAAUUUAGCUGGUGCAGGGUGGGCAGAUCCUGCGUGACUGCACCGUCUGGAAUCAUUGAUGGAACAACAGUGACCAUCAAUGCAAGUGUCCCCAACGUUUUCAGCGUGACUAUGAGUAGUCUGAGGUUGGAGAGCAGCGGCUGGUAUUUAUGUGUCAGUGGAGAGUUCCAGGUCCCUGUGCACCUAUCUGUUACUGAGCAACCUACCACAACACCAAAUACAGUGAGACGCUCCUCCGCUUCAGCUAGAACGACACCUCCGACAGUUCCAGAGGGACCAAACAGAAAUGCUCCAUUUGGCCUAAUGGAAAGCCUGAUCCUUACGAGCGCACUGAUCUUCACUCUAAUGGCCGCCUUGUUCUUCUGCUUCAUGUUGAAAAGACACAAGCAGAAUAAAUCAGCAUCUCCAGCAAUGAAAGAGGCUGAAGAGGAAGUAACAUACAGUGUUGUGAAGCCCUCGAAGAAGCUUCUAAGCGAGCGGUCAUGUGUUGAGCAGAAUGUGGAUGUGACGUAUAGCACUGUGGUUUCAAUGAGGCAACAAAAGGUCCAAAAGGUUGAAGCAAAUGACAACAAUGUCACAUACAGCACAUUGGCUUUUCACUAGUUCUGCUGAGCACACGUAAACCCUGUUUGUUCCACCUUGUUCCUACUUAUAAUGUUCUGCGUAUGUUUAGAAAGAAGCCUUUCCCUGUUUGUUUGCAACGUUUUUCAGUAUACAUUUGAGAACACAACUCUUGGGUGUAACUGUUGUAUCAUUAUUCAAUAGCAUUAAAGCUAUAAAGCAUUAAGCAUUAUUCUAACACAGAGAGCGAAGAGCAACCUGACUCUUGAUCGUCAUGUGCAAAAGGGAAAUGUGUGAAAUGAGAAGUUGUCUUACAUUCUAAAAGAAAAUGUAACGUUAAAAAAAAUGUUUACUCAUAGCUGUUUUUCGGCUAAGAUAUGAGUAAACAUUUUGGUUUUGCUUCUUUUAAAGAUCCAAUCAUGCAUCUUUCUUUCUCAUUUCCAACAGUAUUAUAGUUGGUUGACGUUUAAAUGGCAUGUCUGAUCACAGACAGACAUAAUAAGACUCCAAGCAUGCAAGGGUGUAGAGAUAUGGAGCCCGAAGUGUCGUGUCCACACUAAAGCUUACUGAAAACCCCAGUAAGAGAUAGUGUAGGGCCACUAGCAGUGGGGCACAGGUCUCAUCAGUGUGUGUGUGUGUGUAGGCUCUAGGAGAGAGAACGGAGGAGGGGGGGGGCGGCAGCGAGAGAUGGCGUCAACGGACAAGAAUGAGGAAGCCAGGCCGCCAUCGACAUGCCAGAAAGGGCGGGUGGUCUAGUGAAGGACGAGGGAGGGGGAUGAUGGGAAAACAUCAGAAGGAGAGUUGCGCGGUUAGGACAGAGAGGGAGAGUUUCACUCAAUGUUGAAACAAAUGUGUAAACUUACAAACUAACGUGUUGUAUCAUUGCCUCGUUAAUGUCUGAGAGAGAGCUCGGUUUAUUCAAGUCUCUG